UGGCCGAAAGCAUCCUCCAAGAAGCUCGAGACCUCUCCAGGUUUCCUCCUGUGUUUAUUUCUCGACGGGACCGCGCGAAAUCCACAAAAAUAACUGCGGUUCACCUCGACUCUCAUAUGCGGUCUCCAAAACCAAGACGACGUCGCAUUUGUCCUGCUAAGUGCCAUGGCUAGAAAGACGGACGUCCCCUCCUCAUACUAUGGUGAGCCACGCAAGUAUGACCCAAACUUCAGAGGGCCGGUUCAUAACAGGAGCUGCACGGAUGUGGUGUGCUGUGUCAUCUUCAUCGUUGUCAUCCUCGGCUACAUCGCGCUGGGUACCGUGGCCUGGAUCCAUGGCGACCCCAGGAAGGUCGUCUAUCCGACCAACAGCCGCGGCCAGUUCUGUGGCCACAAGAACACCCCCAAUGCAAACAAAUCCAGAUUAUUCUACUUCAACAUGCUGAAAUGUGCCAAUCCUGCAGUUUUGAUUACCCUCCAGUGCCCUACAACCCAGCUCUGUGUGUCCAAGUGCCCUGACAGAUUUGCAACUCUACUGGAUGCAUGGAAUACCAAAAACUGGGAAUACUACAAGCAAUUCUGCCAGCCGGGCUUUGAGAUUAGCAGUAAGUCCAUUGUAGAAGUCCUACGAGAUGAAGACUGCCCGUCUAUGAUCGUGCCAAGCCGACCCUUCCUUCAGCGGUGCUUCCCGGAUUUCAUUACAAGAAAUGGAAUUUUAACUGUAGCCAAUGAGACCCUCUUCAAAGAUGGUAACAAUAACCAGAGAAGUGUCCUCGACCUCAAAGACGCUGCCAACCAAGUAACGGCCAUGCAGCAAGGAGUGGAAAGAGGUAUCUCCAGUCUGAUGAAUGCCAAAGAAGUUGGCAUGAAGAUCUUUGAGGAUUAUGCAAACUCCUGGGACUGGAUCCUCAUUGGUCUGGUGAUCACCAUGGUGGUCAGUCUGGCCUUCAUCCUCCUGCUGCGCUACACUGCCGGUGUGCUCCUGUGGCUCAUUAUGUUCGGUGUCGUCGCUGCGAUCGGCUUCGGUAUCUGGCACUGCUACUGGGAGUACAGCGCUCUGAGCGGGAAGCGCGGCGCUAACAUCACCAUCUCUGAUAUCGGCUUCCACACCGACUUCAGCAUUUACCUUCAGCUCCGCCAAACGUGGCUCAUCUUCAUGCUCUCGCUCUCUGUGAUUGAGGUCAUCAUUGUGGUUAUGCUGAUAUUUCUGAGGGCGAGGCUGCGCAUCGCCAUUGCGUUACUGCAGGAGGGAAGCAAGGCCAUCGGCUACAUCAUGUCCACUCUCUUCUACCCCAUCAUCACCUUUUUCCUUCUGGCCAUCUGCAUUGCCUACUGGGCCGUCAUAGCAGUCUUCUUAGCAUCAUCGGGUAACGCGAUCUACAAGGUCACAGCUGCUGAUGAUAAAUGCAUGUAUGCCAACCUCACCUGCAGUCCAAAGACCUUCAGUCAGAGCAACAUCACCACAGUGUGCCCCGGGUCACAAUGCAUGUUUGCCUUCUACGGUGGGGAGAGUGUGUACCAUCGCUACAUCCUGGUCCUCCAUAUGUGUAACCUGUUCAUGUUCCUCUGGCUGGUCAACUUCACCAUCGCGCUGGGUCAGUGCACCCUGGCAGGGGCCUUCGCCUCCUACUACUGGGCCCUGAAGAAGCCCAACGACAUCCCUGCAUGCCCCCUCUACUCGUCUUUUAGCAAAGCUAUACGUUACCACACAGGUUCUCUGGCCUUCGGUUCUCUGAUCCUCUCUGUGGUGCAGAUGAUCCGAGUUGUUCUAGAGUACCUGGAUCACAAACUGAAAGGUUCCCAAAACAAAUGUGCUCGAUUUAUGUUGUGCUGCCUCAAAUGCUGCUUCUGGUGCCUGGAACGUUUCAUCAAGUUCAUAAACAGAAACGCAUACAUUAUGAUAGCAAUAUACGGAAAGAGCUUCUGCACCUCUUCCAGGGACGCUUUCUGCCUCUUGAUGAGGAACGUUAUUCGGGUGGCUGUCCUGGACAAGGUGACAGACUUUCUGCUCUUCUUGGGGAAACUGCUUAUUUCAGGAAGUGUUGGUGUUCUUGCAUUUUUCUUCUUCACACGUAAAAUACCUGUCAUUCAAGAGGAGGUGCCGUCCCUGAAUUACUCCUGGGUCCCCCUUGUGACGGUGAUAUUUGGAUCCUACAUGAUCGCACAUGGCUUUUUUAACGUCUAUGCGAUGUGUGUGGACACGUUGUUCCUCUGCUUUUGUGAAGACCUGGAGAGGAAUGACGGUUCUCCCUCCAGGCCUUACUACAUGUCUCCUGGCCUGCACAAGAUCCUGCGCAAAGGAGAGGAGGGUGCCAAAUUAUGCGCUGCAUCCUGAGCGACGUGCGGCCAUUUUAUUUUUAAAUUGAACUCUCUCACUCACUUCUCCAUAUCUACUGUAAGUGUGAGGGUCCGGACCUUUGAGAGCGAGUACUGUAGGGCUAAGCAUCAAAACUGGACGCAUCCCGGCCUGGUCGGGGAUGGUCUCGACAUAAAAGUACACGCUUUUAGUUCAGUUCCUCCCAGAAAAAGGCUCGGGGGGGGGGGGGGACUAGAAACGACCAGUUUACUUCCUCUCUUGAGCCAAACUCAGAUACUUGCCUUUUUUUUCUGCCUCGCUUAUUUUCCUUUCCUUCUCUGUAUUCUCUGCUGACCUCUGCCUUACCGAGAGGGUACGUGUCAACUCGCAGGACGGACGCACAGACCGAGAUGAAUAUGAUUCAAGAGCAUUUUUGCAUAAACAAAGUUAAAGGACCUUAAGAUGUACAGAUGCCACUGUUGGACUACGGCGUAUGUCCUCACCAUGAAAAAGAGGUGGCGUUAUGGAACACCCUCUUGUCGCACUUUGGUCUUCUAGUGUAAAAUCAUGUUUUGUAUGCACUUUCACACAUGGGAAAAGAACCAUGUGAUCUAUUUCCUCUGUCGAGCAUGAUUAUGUUGCUGGCUGUUGAUGUUUACCAUUGGUUUUAUAGGUUGCUUUGAUCCACCGUAUUUAUACUAACACAAACACACACACAUCCAAAAAUAGUGUGUAAUUCUGCACUUAGUGAAAACAGGUUUCUCUUAUUUCACAUCGGUAAGAAAAAAAUGUCGCAAUCAUUGCCAUCAUGCUCAUAAACGUACUGUAAACCAGAGACUUUGCGGGAGGUCGAGACUUCAAAAGACAUUUAAUGGUUUUUGCUUAGAAUCUGAACAGAACCUGACAGGACACUUCUGAAUGCAGCCACUAGUUUAUGUGCCUAGUUGUGAAGAAAAAAAAAAUGUUCCUCUUAAUCUGUGGUUUUAGCCCCAACACCAGGAACCUUUUGUGAUACAGUUUAUAUAAGGAUGUCAAAGCCAUUUUUGGUAAUUUUUUUAUUGGAUAGUUCGGAUGUAUUGCUGUUUCAAUACUAAGUAUACUACACGCAUCUAUCUGGAGGUUAUUCAGUGUUCUUUUUGUAUAGCAGCAUUUUUUUUAUCAAUGAAAUCCAAUGAAAAUGUGAAUAAAUUGUUUUGGAAUAAACAUAAAUGUUUUAAGUAUUGUCCAGUUCAUCUGAGAUUUAAUCCUGUUGCUACUGCUGCC